GGUCACGUUGUAAAAAGCGACUAAUUUUGCGUGAAAAAUGAAGAUAGAUUGAAAAUGAAUACCUACAAAACGAUAAUAAAUAAAUAAAAAAUGUGUGUGCAGCCUAAUUGAAAUUGCGCAAGUGUUAGAAAGAAGCUAAGCGUUGCUAACUGGAAUUAAAUAGGUGAAUAAAAGUGCGAGUGCUACAAGCAGCGUCGUUACCUUUUUCGCUUAUAACAUUUUUUGCGUGUAGAAUACUCAACCAACACACACAACUGGAAAAUACAAAACAAAACAGAAGUACAACAAAAUAAACACAAACAAGUCGGAAAUUAAAUUAAUUAUAAUAAGUGCGAUUGUGGAUGCAAAAUGCGUAUGCUGCGACAACAUAUACAACAAUAAUAUAAACACUAAUUGUAUGAAAAUUUGCAAGCGCGAGAUUUGGCAGCUAACAUAAAAUUGGGACUGCAGUUAAGCUGCUUCUUCUUCUUCGUCUUCGUCGAGAACAUCGUGUGGUUCUUGUUGUUGUCGGUAGUGUUAUCUCUACAGUGUGUAUAGUGCGGAGGGGGCGGGCAACGACGGCGGGUGGCCGCUGGCUGGCUGUCCACCAAAAAGCAGCAGCAGCAUUGUGCUGUUAAUUGGAUUAAGACCAAAAUCGACAACGGCGUCGGCGGCGAAAGAGUUGCGUGCGAGAGAGAUAGCGCGAGCGCAGGAGAAGUGCGAGGGAGGAAGAGAGAGAGAUGGCCACUACACAGCAGUAUUCAUUGCGCUGGAACAACUAUUUGCGGCAUUUGACGUAUUCGCUGGACAACCACAGGCUCAACGAUGACUUUGUCGAUGUCAGCUUGUGUGUCGACGGGCGCAAAAUCAAGGCACACAAGGUGGUGUUGUCGUCAUGUUCGUCGUACUUCAAGGAGAUCUUCAAAGAGAAUCCGCAUCCACAUCCUGUCAUUAUAUUUAAGUUUAUCAAAUUCGAAGAUCUCAAUUCUAUAGUGGAGUUUAUGUACCAGGGCGAGGUAAAUGUGCAACAAGAGGCGCUGCAAUCGUUUCUACAAACAGCUGAAUUGCUGGCGGUUCAAGGACUCACGGCUGAGGAGAAGGAAAAGCCGCAGCUGCCGGUGGCGCCGCUGAUUAGCGAACACAAGCUCAUCAAGACGAUACCCAGCACAAUACGUGCCGUCAACGAGCAACAGCAGCAACAACAACAGCAGCAGCAGCAGCAGGUGGCUGUGGCAAGUGUUGCCCAGGCGCAGAAUGCAACUCAAACCAUCGAAAUACCAACGGCCACGCUGUUGCAGGCAACGGCAACGCAAGUUCAAACACAAGUUGCUGCCGCUGCGGCGGUAGCGCAGUUGCAGCAAGUGCAGCAAAGCCAACAACAGCAGCAGCAGCAACAACAACAACAGCAGCAACAACAACAUCAUCAUGUACAAAGCACGCAGAUACAACACAUUCAAGUUCAGGCGGCACCGCCACAGCAACAGCAGCAGCAACAACAACAACAGCAGCAGCAGCAACAACAACAGCAGCAGCAACAACAGCAGCAGCAGCAACAACAACAGCAGGUGGCAGCGCAGACGCAACAUCUGACCAUCACUAAUACGGUAUCGCUGCCAACGGCAAAUAGCGUGAAGAAGCGCAAGAUUACGUUCUCGGAUGACGAUGACAACAUCUACACCACCGAAACGGUCGAUUAUGCCGUCAAGGACGAGCAGACCAUUGUGAAAACUGCUGAUAUGACCUUUCUGCGAGGGGCCGUCAAAAUGGAUAUACCCGAUUAUAUAGUCAGUGAGGUGGACGAUCGGCUGUCGGACGGCGCCACACCACAAACGUCACAGGAUGCGACCACCGGAGCCGCACAGACUGUGGCUCAAUACUCAUCCGAAUACGAGAUCCUAACUGAGUCUGAAAUCGAAGAGAAAUAUCAAGCUGAUCCCGAUAAUGCUGAAAUUGCCAUCGAAAUGACACGUUUGCUGGGCACAGCGAGCGGUGCCACAACCACAACCACCGCACAGGCUGUGCUCGAGGAUGCCGGCGGUGCGACGGCGGGUGGGGCGACAACAGUUUCCGUAACGCCAGUGAAAACCGAUACCAAAGCCAGCGGCACCAACGAUUCACCCAAUAAUAAAUGGACAGAAUGUCAGUUUUGCAAAAUGGUUAUUACCACGGUGAAUCUUUGGAGACAUAUUCGCACCCAACACACGCCCCAACCGCCGCGCAAGUGUGAGCUCUGCAAUAAGAAUUUCAAGAACAAAUACAGUCUGAGGGAGCACAUACGCAUCUCACAUGAGCAGAAGGUCGCCAUCAAAUCGGAGAACUGAUGGACAAUCUUUGAGGUGCAGCAGCAUCAGCAGCAGCAGCAAACAACGCAGCAGCAGCAGCACGGUGUCAAUUGAAUCCCCAAUUCAAGUGAAUGGAGAGAGAGAGACAGCACUAACAAAGCGAGAGAAAAAGAGAGAUGUAGAGAAAGAGAGGGAGCAACAUAACGUCCAAAAGAUUAACAAAAUGCACACACGAAAAAAUUAUGGCAAAGGAAAUUUACGACACACACUUCGCACACAUACAGAUCAACAUUGAAGCAGUCAGUCAUCAGUCAGCUAAAAAGUCAAGAAUAUAUAGUAUAUAUAUGUAUUUGUAGGUUAGCUCAUUGUGUAAACUGUUUGUCUGUAGAACUAGCAGAGAACGAAAGGAUUUUGUUGGCAUAAAGAAAUGAGACUGCUUUGAAUAAUUCCUUAGUGGAGUCUCAAGACUUUUGUCAGACUUUAUAAAGAAUUAUAUCCACCUCCCAAAGUGUGCAAAGCAGUCCCUGAAAAUUUGUUGGACACUUUGUAACUUAAUUAAGUUCCCAUGAACAGCAUCUAUAAAAGUUUUUUUCUGCUGUCAACAUUCUUAAACAGUUUCCAUGAACAACAUCUAUGAAAGUCUUUUGCUGUCAAUAUCCUUAAACAGUUUUUCUGUGUGUGAAGUAUAAAUAUUCCAUUUGGCCUAACAAAUUUGUAAUGAAAAUUUCAAAAUUCAAAACGAAAAAGUAAAAACAAAAAAUCAUUGUCAGUCAUUGAAGUCAAACAGUUUGUGGAACUGGUGGAUCUAAUCCCUUGCUGUUGACCAAACCAUGUCAUCUAUAUAUACCUAAAUAUAUAGACUAAAUAUAUCUAUUGAAAUUACUUGCAAAAUGCAGUUGAAGAGAGAAAGAGAGAUAGAGAGUAACAUAUAUCUAGCGAGUACAAUAUAUUGUUUUUUAAUUGAUAAAUGUGUAAUUUUUUUUCUGUUGUAUUUUGAUUUUUUUGAUUAGUUAGAAAAAGUGCGUCUCCCUUUCCGUACAUCACACGAAUUGUACAUAGAAAAAAAAGUUGAAACAGAAUUUUACAAUUGAAUAUGAAUAACUUGUGUUUGUAAUUAUGUAUUUUGCUCAACACACACACAUCCCAAACACACACACAACUUGUACAAAAUGAAUUAGGUUUUUUUGCUUAAAUUUUUCUGUAUAUUAUCGAUUACUUUAUAAAAAGAGAGAUGGAAACAAGCUCCCAACACACGCCCUAAAAUUUAGCUAGUACUAAAUAUAUAUUAUACCUUAAAUGUAAGUCAAUUCAACUGACGUAUUUAAUUUAAACAAUUAUGUUUUAAGCAUAUUUAUCAUUGUGAAAAUUCCCAGCUAAAAAGGAAAAAAAAACACAACUCCCUCCCCCAGAAACACACACAUACUAAAGAUAAUAUAUAUAUAGAUUAUAUAUACUUAGUUAAUUGGAAGGCUAAUUCUUAAA